GGAAAAAAAAUCUGGCGCGAAUGGGAGUAGCAAGCAGCCAGGAAUUAAGGAUAGCACGACGAGCAGCAACACGAACCAACCGCCAACCAAACCGCGGGCGCCUGCACGGGCACGACGAUGAUGAUGAUGAGGGCUCUCCCCACCGCCGCCGGCCGCGGCUCCGCCGUCGCCGUCGCCUGCGCCUCGCCGGCCGUCCCCCGGCGGUCGCUGCUACUCUCCACCGCCGCCGCGGCGCUGCAGGCAGAGCCGGUGAGGCUGAGCCGGAGCGCGGCCGGCGCCUCCGCGAAGCUCCGGGCCUCGCCGCCGGACGCCGCGCAGGCGGCGACGGCGGCGGCGUUCGCCAGCACGGAGGAGGCGUUCGCCUGGGCCAAGAACGACAACCGGCGUCUCCUCCACGUCGUCUACCGCGUCGGCGACCUCGACAGAACAAUCAAGUUCUACACGGAGUGCCUUGGGAUGAAGCUGCUGCGGAAGCGCGACAUCCCGGAGGAGAAGUACACCAACGCCUUCCUCGGCUACGGCCCGGAGGACUCCCACUUCGUCGUCGAGCUCACCUACAACUAUGGAGUCGACAAGUACGACAUUGGGGCUGGCUUCGGCCACUUCGGCAUCGCCGUCGACGACGUGGCGAAGACGGUGGAGCUGAUAAGGGCGAAGGGAGGGAAGGUGACCAGGGAGCCUGGCCCCGUGAAGGGCGGCAAGACGGUGAUCGCCUUCGUGGAGGACCCAGACGGCUACAAGUUUGAGAUCCUCGAGAGGCCGGGGACUCCGGAGCCCCUGUGCCAGGUCAUGCUCCGCGUCGGCGAUCUCGACCGUGCCAUAAGCUUCUACGAGAAGGCCUAUGGCAUGGAGCUGCUACGGAAGAGGGACAACCCUGAAUACAAGUACACGGUGGCGAUGAUGGGGUACGGCCCUGAGGACAAGAACGCCGUGCUGGAGCUGACAUACAACUACGGCGUCGCUGAAUAUGACAAGGGAAAUGCAUACGCGCAGAUAGCGAUCGGAACCGACGAUGUGUACAAGACGGCGGAGGUGGUGAAGCUGUCGGGAGGGCAGGUGGUGCGCGAGCCGGGGCCGCUGCCGGGGAUCAGCACCAAGAUCACGUCCAUCCUGGACCCUGACGGCUGGAAAUCGGUGUUUGUCGACAACAUUGACUUUACCAGGGAACUGGAGUAAACAUGUGCAGAAGCUGGGUUCCGCUUGUGUUUGUUCAAUGACUCAUGACCAGAUAAAUGAUGAGUCUUUCUUUGUUACAAUGACUGUACAUGAGUCCAGACUCUAGAAUUUUAUGUCUGAAAAAAAUAAUAAUAAACAGAGGCGGCAUGAGGUUUUGACAAACAGAGCAAAAA